UUGUGUGCUCAAACCCAAAAACGAGCCUUAUCUUGAGUAAGAGGUUUUACUACGAGCCAUAACAGUCCAUGGAGGGAAGAUGGAGUUGUGGAUGCUUCUUCUUCUGCAUUUACACCUUGGUAAUACUCCCUGGAUUGGAGGUGGGGAGGAAGUAGGGGGUUUACAUGUGGUAUGUGUUUCCCUCCCUGAACCUUCCAACGUCUCCAUCUCCUCCUUCAACAUGGAGCACACACUGAGCUUCCUGCCUGGCCACGAGACUCCCUCCGACACCCACUUCACUGUUCAAAUCCUCUGCCCCAGGAAGAAGAAGAACAUGUGGAAACCAGUAGCUGCUUGUUCAGAGCUGACAGCUGGACAGACAUGUAAUCUAACUCAAACAUUUAAGGACCCCUUCGAUCACUACCGUGCCCGCGUCCAGGCCUUCACAUCCACACAGACGUCCGGCUGGACUGAAUCAGGGUGGUUCCAGCCUCUGUCAGACACUGUGUUGGGACUUCCUGAUGUGUCUGUGUCGGGCUGUGGGAACUGUUUGGUUCUGCAGCUCAGAGUUCCUUCAAUGAAGAGAUUCCAGCAGCUGAGGGACUUGUAUAGAGGACUCAUCUUUGAUGUGCAAAGGACCUGGGAUGGUGCACAGUUCAGACUGAGUUUGCCUUACAAAGAGGAGCACAUGAUUGCGUACCUGCAGCCAGGUGUGGAGUACUGUGUGAACAUCUCUGUGACAUCACUCUUCAACAACAGAGCUGUCUCCAGUAAACCUUACUGUGCCUUCACCAGCCCUCCUCCAUCCAGAAGCUCACUGUAUGUGGUCUUCAGCCUGCUGGGUGCAUUCUGUGUUUUGGGCUUUCUCCUCAUUGGACUGGUUCUCCAUGGUGGUCAGCUGAGCUUUGAAUCACUAAGACAGCACCUAGCUAGAACUCUGGUAACAAAUCUGUGUGUACUGGGACUUUAAGUUUCAGUUGUUCAUCUCCACCUUAAAUUUUGCACUCAGAAUACUUUAUAGCCACAGAGAGUGCAUUUUCCUCUGUUGUUUAGAUGAUAAUCAAUCUGAUCAGUUUGUGUGAUUAGUUGGAUUUUGAAGUUAGAUCCCACUUUAAUUAUUAAUGAUCAUGUAAGAGCUUGCUAUUGAUAUAGUGAUCAGUAGAUUCAUCAAUUAGUCAAUCAACAGAAUAUCCAUCCAUCCAUCCAUCCUUCCAUUUUCAUUCACUUAUUUGGGGCUGGGUCAUGGAGGCAGCAAGCCAAGCAAAGCACUCAAGACAUCCCUCUCCCCAGCAAUGCUUUCCAGCUCUUUCCAGGGGAACCCAAAGUGCUCCCAGGCCAUGGCCUCAGACUUGGAGGUGCUAACUCAUUCCAGCUACUUCACACUCAGCUGUAAACCACCCCAGUGCAUGCUGCAGGUCAAGGUGUGAUGAAGCCAACAGAACAACAUCAUCUGCAAAAAGCCGAGACAAAUUCUGAGGUCCCCAAACCAGACCCCUUCCUCCCCAAGGCUGUGCCUUUAGAUCCUGUCCAUGGAUAUCACAAACAGGAUCGAUGACAAGGGACAACCUUGGCAAAGGCCAACACCCACUGAGAAUGUGUUUGACUUUACGCUGAGUAUGCAGACACAGCUCUCACUUUGGUCAUACAGGGACCAGCAGGCAUGUAUCAGCGACCCUGGUACCCUGUAAUCCCACAGUAUCCACACUGGGCACUAGCCUGGUGGCUUGGUAUUAAUCUACCAUUGAAAAUAGUCUCUAAAUACUGCACUAUUUUAUUCUGUUUGAGGAACGUUCAUUAAAAACUACAGCAGCCAGCUGUUUGGGAAUUACUGAAUCUUUCUCUUAAAUAAAAUAUAUAUUUUAGUUGCUUUUAAAGAUUUAUGUCUUUAGCACAGACCAGUGGGCUUGACACUGAGAGCCACAUUUGUAGUAAAGUAACAAAGUAGAGAUGGUCUGACACAUUGUUAAUUUUGGUCUUUUUAUGAUAUGUGCUGACAUUGAAACUUAAAUAAAAUAAAAUGUUUUUACACUUUAAA